ACUUCUGCCUGCAGCUUGCAGCCGGUCCGCGGAAAAUGGCGGAGUGUUUUGGCGGCGAAAGCGGCGGCGACGGAGGGAAGGAUUCGGGGCCUCCGAAGGGUUCGGAUCGAACUUGGUGCCUGAAGCGAGUGGGCAUGAAUGGAGAGUGGCUGCUGCUGGAAGACGGGGGCGAGGUAACUAUAGGUCGGGGAGCUGGUGUCACAUACCAGCUGAUGUCAAAAUCUUGUCCACUGAUGAUCUCUCGGAACCACUGUGUUUUCAAGCAAAAUACUGAAGGCCAGUGGACAGUGACUGAUAACAAGAGUCUAAAUGGUGUCUGGCUGAAUUGUGAACGCAUAGAUCCAUCAAAGCCCUAUUGCUUACAAGAAGGUGAUUUUAUCCAAUUAGGAGUGCCUUUAAAACACAGAGAAACAGCUGAAUAUGAAUAUACAAUAAUAAGGGAAGAAUGGAAGAAUGUUUGUUCAUUUUUAGCAUUCAGAAAUGACCAUCUACCUGAAAAAACAAAGGACAUGAGAACUAAACGUAAAAUUAGUUUGGAAGAAUCAGAAGCAUCUGGAGCAGAAGGACCCUCUAAUUCCAGAUUAAAAAGAGACAGAGUGUCUUUUGAAAAUGACUCGUUUGGGAAAUCUGAGGGAGUCAGGACAGAACUAUCCAAACAACCACCAGAAAGCGUGGAUAUAGCACUGCAUUCUCCAAAACCAAGCAAAAAGGAAAAGAAGAAAAAUCAUUGUAGCGCUGCUCAGCCAGAACAUGGCUUAUGCAUCAAAUCUAAAGACCCAAAGAUUCCAGGUUUGGCACAGUCUUGGAAUGGCUUGGAACAAAUAAUGAAAACUCUGGCAGAUAUGACAAAGUUAAAAACCAAGAUGCAGGAGACACAAACAGCAGUGUUGAAUGUGAGACAAAAAAAUAAGAAAUCUGUUCCAAAAGAGAUCCAGGUUUUGGAGAAAGAGUUACAAGACUUGCAGGACCAGUUAUGUACAGAACAGGAGCAACACCAGCAGCGUGUGGAACAACUGGAGAAAAACUUCUGUGAGGAGCUGGAGGGAGCAAAGGAGGAGGGAGAAGAGAAACUAAAGGAACAACUUGACCAGAUUUUAAUGCAGCAUCAUGCUCUGAUGGAAGAACUGAACCGUAGUAAGAAGGAUUUUGAAGAAAUCAUUAAAGCCAAGGAUAGGGAACUGAAAGAGACCAAGGAGGAGAAAGAGAAGGCAAGAGCUCAAAAGGACGAGGCACUGAGCCAAAUGAAUGAUGUACUGGAAAAUGAGUUACAAUGUACAGUUUGCUCUGAAUACUUUAUAGAGGCUGUUACUCUAAACUGUGCACACAGUUUCUGCUCCUAUUGCAUCAAUGAAUGGAUGAAACGUAGGCUGGAAUGCCCAAUAUGUAGAGGCAUUAUAACAUCCAAGACACGGUCAUUAGUUCUGGACAACUGUAUUGACAGAAUGGUGGAAAAUGUGGAUGAUGAGACGAAGCAACAUCGCCUGUCCCUCAUCCAAGAACGAAAAGUAAAAAUGAAGCGAAGAGCAGAACCUGAAUAUAGCAGCCCACAAAAAAGACAGAAGAAAAGGAUAGAAGAGUUGGGUCUGACUCUCAGCUCCACAUCAGAUGAUGAAACUCAGCUUACUAAUCAUGCAGCUCAAGAGUCUUCCACAAGCAGCAGUGAUUCUGACACUGAGAACAAUGAGAGACGCCCAGUCUUUGGCUCGUUCAGCAAUAAAUUCAGCGCUGAAACUCUUGUGGAGGGCACAUCUUCCCGCUACUCCAUGUAUAACAGUGUGUCUCAGAAACUCAUGGCCAAGAUGGGGUUUCGAGAAGGUGAAGGACUUGGAAAAUAUGGCCAAGGGAGGCAGGAGAUUGUUGAGGCCUCACAACAGAAAGGAAGACGAGGAUUAGGAUUGACACUGAAAGGAUUUGAUGGAGAGGUGAACAUUAACUGGCAGGAUGAGCCAGAGGCUAGUGCUUAUGAGCAAGUGGAUUGGUUCCCAGAAUGCACCACUGAAAUUCCAGAUGCUGAGGAAAUGAAGGAUUGGAUGACCAUAGGGAAGAGGAAGCUAGUGAUAGAUGACGAAACAGAAUUCUGUGGAGAAGAACUUUUGCAUAAUAUGCUCCGAUGCAAGAGUGUCUUUGAUGAGCUGGAUGGAGAGGAAAUGCGCCGAGCUCGUACAAGGUCCAACCCUUAUGAAAUGAUCCGUGGAGCCUUCUUCCUAAACAGAGCUGCAAUGAAGAUGGCAAACCUAGACUAUGUCUUCGACUACAUGUUUACAAACCCAAAGGAUUCUCGUGGGAAACCGCUGAUUAAAGAACGUGAUGCAGAGCUCCUGUACUUUGCUGAUGUAUGUGCUGGCCCUGGUGGUUUCUCAGAGUAUGUCCUUUGGAGGAAGAAGUGGCAUGCAAAAGGUUUUGGCAUGACCCUAAAAGGACCAAAUGAUUUCAAACUGGAGGAUUUUUAUGCUGCCUCCAGUGAACUCUUUGAACCUUACUAUGGUGAAGGAGGGAUUGAAGGUGAUGGGGACAUCACCCGUCCUGAGAAUAUCACUGCCUUCCAGAAUUUUGUGUUGGACAACACAGAUCGGAAGGGGGUACAUUUCUUAAUGGCUGAUGGGGGUUUCUCUGUGGAGGGGCAGGAGAACAUCCAGGAGAUUCUAAGCAAACAACUGACACUAUGCCAGUUUCUUACAGGACUCUCUGUUAUACGAACAGGAGGUCACUUUCUCUGUAAAACUUUUGACCUGUUCACACCAUUCAGUGUUGGCCUUGUGUACUUGCUGUAUUGCUGCUUUGAGCAUGUGUCAAUCUUCAAACCUGUGACAAGCCGCCCUGCCAAUUCUGAGAGGUAUGUGGUGUGUCGUGGAUUGAAGUCUGGAACUGAUGAGGUGAGAGACUACCUUUUCACAGUGAACAUCAAACUCAACCAACUGCGCAACACAGACCAGGAUGUAAACCUUGUUGUCCCCCUGGAAGUCAUCAGAGGUGACCACGAUUUCUAUGACUACAUGGUCAGAUCAAAUGAAAGAUUCUGUGCUGUUCAGAUCAAAGCACUGGCCAAAAUCCGUGCCUUUGUUCAAGACACGACCUUGAAUGAACCACGGCAGGCUGAUAUCCGAAAAGAAUGCCUCCGGCUCUGGGGAAUACCAGACCAGGCCCGAGUUGCUCCAUCUUCUUCUGAUCCCAAGUCCAAGUUCUUUGAGUUAAUUCAGGGUGCUGACAUGGAGAUCUUCAGUUACAGACCAACCCCUCUCAUCUCAAAAAACUUGGACAAGAUCCGCCCUGUAUUGGAUUACAGAUGUAUGGUAUCAGGAAGUGAACAGAAGUUCCUUCUGGCUCUAGGGAAGUCUCAGAUAUAUACUUGGGCUGGUCGCACAUCAGAUCGCUGGAGUAAACUGGACCUGAAAACAGAAUUGCCACGGGACACCCUUCUGUCUGUGGAGAUCGUUCAUGAACUGAAAGGCGAGGGGAAAGCACAGCGAAAAAUUAAUGCCAUACAUAUCCUGGAUGCCUUGGUACUAAAUGGCAGUGAUGUCAGAGAGCAACAUUUCAAUCAACGAAUUCAGCUAGCAGAGAAGUUUGUAAAAGCUGUAUCUAAACCUAGCCGGCCAGAUAUGAACCCAAUCAGAGUUAAGGAAGUAUACAGACUAGAAGACAUGGAAAAGAUCUUUCUGAGGUUAGAGAUGAAGAUUAUUAAGAGCUCAGGUGGAAUACCCCGGCUGUCUUACACUGGGCGUGAUGACCGGCACUUUGUACCCACAGGGUUGUACAUUGUUCGGACAGUCAGUGAUCCUUGGACCAUGGCAUUUAGCAAAAAUUCUUACAGGAAAUUUUUCUACAACAAGACAACACAGAACGCCACAUAUGUGCUGCCUCCAGAAUCUGUUGCACCAUUUCACAUUUGCUACUUCAAUCGCCUCUUCUGGGAAUGGGGGGAUGGUGUCAAAGUACAUGAUUCUCAAAAAAGGGAAGAUCCAGAGAAGUUGUCCAAAGAAGCUGUUCUGUCCUUCAUCAGGCAACAUUCGCCCUAUGACCAGUCUGUCAUCAAGUCCUGGGGGACAGGGAGUGAACCUGGAUUGGAAUCAGCAGCAGCAGAUUAGCAUGAGUUUCUCCAGCCACUUACAGUGAUCCAUGGAGGACUGUUGCCAGAGGAAGCUGGGUCAAGGGGAAGGAACUCAGUGGGAAACAAAUGAGACAAGGCGGCCAAUUGCAAAACAGCACUGUACAUAUGCAUCUGCUCCUGGCAGUUUUUGCUGCUGGUAUUACAGAAGUAAGACUCCUGUAUCAGUGGAAGUUGCUCUGAAUUGAUGCCCACCAUACCUUCCUAGGCUCCCUCCCACCCCUGUGCUUUGAACACUUUGCAUUUGGAUUCCACAUAGCAGAUAGCACAGCAAAACUAAAGAAGCAUAUGCACACAACUCCACAGUGUCACCUGUAAGGCGUGAGGACCACAUGGCUGCUGAUGGAGCUGCUGAAGGGUGGGUGGGAAUGUGGACAGAAAGGAGAGGUAGCUUUUAAUGACUUCAUUUUGCUGCUUGGUUUCUUUUUCUUUUCACCCCCAGUAUGAGCCAAACAUGAGUUUACUGGGAAAUUUUUAUUCUUGCCCUGUCUGUGGACAUGGCUCUGUUCUUGAGAAUUCUAGCGAUGUCUUGGCAGGAAGAAAACAAACAGAUGGAGUUCUUGAUUGUUAUAGUUUUGGUGUACCUACUGCCAGCAAUGACAUGUAGGUCUGAUUUUAUGUUUCUAUGCAAAGUAAAUGUGUUAUGCUCAUUCCCACUGCUCACCUUCCAGUUUGCAACCCCAAGUAGUUUCCUUUAAUGGAAUCCACAUACUCUCACUAUAUUGAGACCCUUGGUCUGUGCUUGAGGCAUGCUUAGCAGUUUUCUUUUGUUCCAAGUUGGGGAACUGCAGAGCUGAGAACAAUGAUGGUCUUUGAGAGAUGUGUGGUUUAGGUUGAAAGAAAAAAGACUCUUGCAUUUAAACUAGCCAACUCUCUUGCAGAGAGGGCAUUUUCAUUGUUGUUUUUUAAUUCUUAAAAUAAGCAUAGAAACUUCUAUGUGUUUAGAUUGAAAAUUCUGUCUUGGGCAAAAGCACAUAAACAAGUGUUGUCCAAUACCCAUGAUAUAUCCUCUGCUUUUGUAUUUCAGCAUUUGGUUUCUUGGGUGCAGGGAACAGAGUGUCAGCAGGAGCAGGACUGUGCUUUUCCCAUAUUGUAACUUCAUUUAGAAUGGAAAGAAAACAUACAUUCUGUGUUUUCUAAUUGAGCAAGCCAGUAACAAGCUACAAAGGGUUGACAAGUCAGUAAAGAUACUAAAGUAUUUGCCCAUGUUGGCAAGAAGGGAUAAUUUAUCAGUGUGUGUGGUGUGGUGUGGUGAGGCUGAGUUGUCUCAGUUGUGCCUUAAUGAAAACCAUGAGGAUUCGUGUUGCAGAAGGCACCAUCCAAGUCAUAACUCCCCUCAUAUGAAAAUGGAGAGCCAAAGAGACCCAAUGUUCAAAUGUGGAGAAGUACAAUCAACUGAGUAAGGUGCAGCUUCAACCAAACUGAAGUAUCCAUUUUAAAGCCCAUACAAACCUCUUUGUAAGUAGUACCUGUAUCUUGUUUCUGUUUGUUGUAUUUAAGAAAACUCAGGCAAGUUAAAUUGGUCCAUCCUUUUAUCCUACUGUACUUUGGGCACAAGGUCAACGUGCAUCCAGACUUCAUUUUUGUCAGUGUUUUGCAUCAUUGGCCCAUUUCAUUAGAAACUGGAAAAAUGAGAAAUGAAGAAAUUCUACUUUGAAAUUUAAACCUGCCCUUUUACAAGUGCUGAAGUCUGUGGAUCAAGCAUGGGGAUAUUUUAUAUUAGAACAUGGAUGGGCCAGCCCUGGAAAUCGCAGUUGCAUUCCUGCCCCUGCCCCAGACCUGUAGGCUUCACACUCACCACAAACUAAAACUGCCUGGAUGUAAACUUCUGUUUUUAUAAAAACACUCUUGGGCCACAGGUGUGGGUAGGGGUCCAGAAGUGGCAAUCUCCCUUUAUAAAUUUUUUCCAAGCAUCCCUCCCCAACCCAUAAGUAUGGGUAUGGAACAGCAUGUGGUUUAUGGGAUGUAUAUUACCCAUUACUGUGUAAGACGGUCAUCACUGGAGUCUAGUAUGAAGUCACAUAAUUAAGCUUCUGCUUUUAGUGUGAUUUUGGCAGGAAUGGGCUAGUUUCAAGUCAUACUACUUUUCCAUAGACAAUGACUCUGUUUGAGGCCUGCGCCAGAAUUCAGGGCAAGCCAUGAUCUCCAACAAUUAGUGGAUGUUUUAUUUCAGAUGGGAAGGGAGGAAGGUGAAUAAACGAGCUCUCACACUUUCAGCUUGAGCCUCAUGGUCUUAAUUUUUAAAAGUACUGUAUUUAUUUUAAGGGUGUGGUGUGUAUUGAGCAUGCUUUUCCCUUCAUGAUCAUAAUAUUUCAGGGACAUGUUUCCACUCAGGGUUUCCUUGUGUGUUGGUGCAAGAGCCUUUCAGAAAGAAGAUAUUAUCGUUGGACUAUGCUCCUUCUGAUUUUACUCUCUAUUUCUGAGGGCAAUUAGUUGGGGAAGGUUGUAAAAGGGGAGACACAAUAAUAUUUGAAAUAUUUGCCAUCACUUUAUUUAUCUCUACUGUAACUAGUGUUCCUUGCCUGUAGGACUGGGAAUCACAGUUAAAUCCCCAGUAUAAUUUUGGAGUCAAGAUACGUUCAUUGUAAGGUAUAUUAGGGUCUCUGACUGUUUCAAAACCUAUUUAUUUAAAAUCCAUGUACAUGAAGAGGACAAAAUACAUUAAUGAAAAGCAGAAACAUUUAAUUUCAGUACUGAAGAUGGCUUCUCUCUGGUAAUUCAGAACAGACAUGGCCAUUGUAUGGAUAGAAUAUUAAAAAGACUGGGUCUGUCCCUGUGGAUAAUCUAA